CAGAAGUAACUGUGCACGAGACGUAAUAUGGGCGGGGCCAGUCUGAUCUCCGUCUGUUUAGUGAUCUCCGCGCUGAGAAGUCCUGGAUGUCUCGCUCCAGUCAUGGGUUCCUUCCGUUCAGCAGACGUGCGCCAGUUACUGCACAACAAGUUUGUCGUUGUCCUCGGAGACUCCAUUCAGAGAUCGGUCUACAAAGACCUGGUGAAGCUUCUUCAGGAUGACACGUUCUUGUCUGAAGCCCAACUGAAACGCAAGGGGGAGGUGAGAUUUACCAAUGACACAUUGGUAGAGGGCGGCGAACUCACCGGAUUGCACAAUGAAACCACUUUCCGAGAAGUGCGGCAGUACCGGACCGGCCACCAUCUUGUCCGCUUUUACUUCCUGACCCGCGUCUACUCCGACUACCUGGAGAGCAUUCUGUCAGAUUUCAAGAGCGGCCCCCAACCGGAUGUGGUGAUAGUGAACUCCUGCGUUUGGGAUCUUCUUAGGUAUCACAACCAACCGCUGGAGACCUACAAGACCAACCUGGAUGUCCUGUUCCGGCGCCUCAAGGAGGUGCUGAGUCCCGAGUGCCUCAUCAUAUGGACCAUGACCAUGCCGGUCGGAUACAAGGAGAAUGAAAUCCCACCGAACACGUCUCGCAACGUGCGGCUGGACAUUGUGGAGGGGAAUUUUUUCAGUGCCUCUAUAGCGGACAACCACAAGCUGGAUGUGCUGGACAUGCACUAUCACUUCCGCCUGAACCUGCUCCUCAGGUGCCAUGAUGCCGUUCACUGGGACCGGAUUGCCCAUCGGAAGUACACCCAGAUCCUGCUGAGCCACAUCGCACAGGCCUGGGAGGUGGAGGCGCCGAAGGGCAAGAUGCCAGAUGGGGCUACAUACGUGUCGGGUUACACAUCCUUUGAUGGGGGCAGCAUUGACGACAUUCCCGGUGUCCUGUGCCCCAACGAGAAGUUCAUCAACUCAAAUGCUCCUUCCCCCUUUGUCACCGAUAGUCCUCUACUGACUGCAGACAUAGGUCACGGCUACUUCCUUCCUCCUCCAGGUCCCGCAGUCUCCAGCUAUGCAUUUCCUGGAGGGAACUUCUUCUUCACCAACAUGCCACCACCUAUGGGCUUCAUCCCUUUUCCCAACCAUGUCCCGUACCCACUAAAAGCCUGGAAUAUGAAGAAGUCAAAGAGGGGGGCACUGAGGGGUAAAAGGACCCAUCCUUACCGGUGACCUGUCACCUGGUAUCCUCCUGGUGGACCAUGCUGGGCUUUAUCUAGGCCUGCCUCCUGUCAUCGGGAGGAAGCAGAUCUUUUGUGGCCUUCACUGUUGGAGCCUGGACUCUAUAACGUUAUCUGUGCUGCUGUUUUUAGACUUUUACACUUUUACACUUUUUUACACUUUUUCCUAGAAUGAAGUUUUUUUUAUUGAAGGUUGUCCAGCCGGAAGCAGGAAUUCCGGAUUGUUCCCCCCCAUGAACUCCAUUUUGAGGUUUGGGCAUUCUAUGACCACAUGUACAGUCCAAAUCACAGACCCAACAUAUAAAUGGCUCAAGAAACCUAAAAUAACAAGCUAUGAAUGCCUUCAAUUGGUUCAUCAUGGUAUCCAGUCGACACAAUCGCAGGGUAGAUGUGUCCUUCUCUAAUGGACAUCAGUAAAGGUGGGAUUUCAAGUUUAAAGUUAUCCCCAUCUACAGGAUAGGGAACAACUAUAUGAUCGUUGGGUAUUGGACCACCAGGACCCCCACCGAUCCAGAGAAUGGAGGUCAGUUGUCCCUCAGAGUGAACCUGCAAUGCUCAGUCACCGCCUUUGGCAUGUGUGGAAGCAUGGGGUCCAGUCUACAUGAUCCCAGGGUAGAUGUGUUCUACUCUAAUGGAGAACAGUAAAGUUGGCAUCCCAAGAGUUAGUUAUUCCCUAUACACCAGAUAGGGAAUGGCUAGCCGACCCCCUGCGGUUCCAGAGAGAAGGAGGUUGGUUGUCCCCCAAGUGAACCCCGUUGCUCAGAUACCACUCCAUUCACUGUCUAUGAUAUGUUUGGAAGCCUUGGAACCAUGGUCGCUCCAUCCAUUCUGGAAAAACUGGCACUCUCCUUUCUCAGGAUUGGUGGGGGUCCCUAAUAUCUGUUCUCAGGAUCAGUGGGGGUCCCAGUCUCUGUUCUCAGGAUCGGUGGGGUUCCAGUCUCUGUUCUCAGGAUUGGUCAGGGUCCCAAUCUCUGGAUUGGCAGGGUCCUGGUCUCUGUUCUCAGGAUCAGUGGGAUCCCAGUCUCUGUGUUGUCUCUGUGUUGAAUGGGUUGAGGUCUUAGUCUCUUCUCAGGAUCAGUGGGGGUCCCAGUCUCCUAUGUUUUCAGGAUUGGGGGGGUCCCAGUCUCCGUUCUCGGGAUCGGUUGGGGUCCCAGUCUCUGUUCUCAGGAUUGGUGGUUUCCCAGUCUCCCUUCUCAGGAUCAAUAGGGGUCCCAGUCUUUGUUCUCAGGAUUGGUGGGGGUCCCAUUUUCUGGAUUGGCUGGUUCGUGGUCUCUGUUCUUGGGAUCCGUGGGUUCCUGGUCUCUGUUCUCAGGAACAGUGGUGGUCCCAGCAGUCAGACCCUAAUGAUCAGGUAGUGAUCCUUCAUACUUUGGAUAAUCAAUAACAUUCAGUCUUGGGAGACAUAACUUGUGUUUUUUUUUAGAGUUGUCCAGAAUCUCAUUGUUUCUCCUAUGAGUUCUGAGAUUUUUUUAUUUGAUCCCCUUCUGUUUUGUACACCCUUUCUGAGCCUUGUCUUGUUUUUACACCAUUUCUUGUAAAUGCUGAACUAUGGUGUAUUAAAGGGUACCGUUCAUCAAAAAAAAAAAUUGAUAUAUUAUAGAUUAAUGUAUGCAGAAUAACUUUCCAGUCGCAUGUCAUUAAAAAAUAUGCUUCUUUCUAUUUUAAUUUUCCACUUUGAAAAAAUGACCACUAGAGGUCUCCCUACCAGUCCUGGCCCCAAGUCCUUUUUAUAGAUUUCAGACUGAUGCUGGUGUCCUAAAUCUCAGACUGCAGCCGGGACACAGACAAGCUCAGCCAACAGCUCUGAAUCUUCUCCUCUCUGUUUACAACUGCAUGUGCAGAAAGAAGAAAGAUUGGAGCUCAGAUAGUAAAAUGAAUGAGGGCAUGCAGAAAGGCAGAGCCAGGAGUAUGCCCUGCUUUGCUAUGAGCACAGUGCUGGCUCCUGCCUGUCUGAUUGACAGACAGGGAGCAGUGCUGAGCUUGUCUGUGCCCUGGCUGCAGUCUGAGAUUUAGGACUCCAGCAUUAGUCUGAA